AUGGGAACUCCAGAGACUUCUAGGGAGCCCUGUCCGGAUCGUAUCCUCGACGAUAUCGGCGGCGCGUUCGGCAUGGGGGCAGUCGGAGGUUCCGCUUUUCACUUCAUCAAGGGCCUCUACAACUCUCCCAAAGGAGCGCGCCUCGUCGGUGGCUCCCAAGCCGUACGGAUGAACGCGCCUCGAGUUGGUGGAAGCUUUGCCGUCUGGGGUGGCUUAUUCUCCGCCUUCGACUGCACCAUGGUCUACGUCCGCCAGAAGGAGGAUCCAUGGAACUCGAUCAUCGCGGGUGCCGCCACCGGUGGGUUCCUUCAGAUGCGCCAGGGUUUAGGCGCGGCAUCUCGCUCGGCUGCCUUUGGCGGCGUCCUCUUGGCUCUGAUCGAAGGGGCUGGGAUCAUGCUUAAUAAAGUCCUCAGCGAACAACAACAAGUGCCUGUCAUGAUAGAUGAGCCCGCUCCUAAUGUGGCUGGAAUGCCUGGGUUUCCUCCAACAGGGCAAUUACCGGGUCGGUUCCCGACGCAGCAAAUUCCGGAGGUAAGUUCCGCUCCUGGGUCUGCUUCUGAUUUGGGUUCAGGUUCAGGUUCAAAGUCGUGGCUUGGAGGAUGGUUGGGUGGUGGGGAUAAGAAAGAGCCCCAGACACCAAGUAGUGGAAGCGAGACGAAGAUUUUGGAGAGCUUUGAUGCGCCUCCAGUGCCUAGCUUCGAGUUCAAGUGAUUUGGGGUUAUCGGUUAAGAAGGUAUGCUCGUGAAAGAGAGGUUUUUCCAAAGAUUGCAUUAGAAAAUAAGUAUACAAGCGUGAAUUUUAUUAGACCGCGUUUCACUUUUGUAUGGGAAAAUACUAAUUUUAUGCUGCAAAUUUAAAUUUUGAAAUGUAAUUAGUUACUUUUGAUGUUCCUUCAUUAUAAUGGGUGAAAUUUUUGUUGAGUUAUGACUCGAA